AUGGAGCCUCACGACGUACCACCUCCACCGUAUACGGAAACAGAUAUCUUCUCCCAAUCAGCGCGAUCACCCGGUGGCCGGAACAGUUUUCAUGACGACGAUGCAUCAAUCGCCGCCUCUUCUUCCCGCAGCAACAUCAUCUACACGCCACCCGAGACCCCUCGAGAAUCACACCACAACUUUGGCGGCAGCGAUGAGUACCAGACCACUGCUUCGGCGCAAGCCUACUUCGAAGCUCGCCCUACGUCACGGCGAGCACCCAGGCAAAACCUGGUCAUCUCACUAGCCAUCACGUCAGAUGCCACGCCCGAGCAAUUCCCAUAUCCCGGCUGGGCCACCGAGCGCGAGACAACCGAGCAGGACUGGCAGACCUUUGUCAACUAUCUCCUCCCAGACCAUGCAUCAAGGGCCAACUCGCAUAUCAUCGACCGCAAGCUGCGGGCGGAGGCCGGUGGUGCGCCGUCCUCGCCAUCUGGUCGCGAUCUCACCGGAGCUCAGCUAGACCGGCUUGAGAAAUCGGCUCUGGGGGCCUCGGAUGAUGCAUCGGUGGACGUCGAGACCACCAUCCGCGAAUGGAAUGACGGCUUCUUCGAGCCGCGGGGCGUGACGAUCCGCCGCGCACCCUCGACUGCUGCUUCGCCGCGGAUGCCCGGGUCGUGGGAUGGAGCCCCGGCGGCACCUGUGCUUUCAACCAGGGACGCAGACGCACAGCCGCAGUCCCAGGCCCAGCCUCAAGCUGGAAGGUCGCGAUGGAACCCCUUCGGCGUGAUGGAGGCUACGGGCCGCGGACUCCGCAUUGGGUCUCUGCAUAUUGACGGUGAUCGUGUGGCGAUCGGCAACGCCUUCCAGGCAGAUCGCAACGGUGUGCGGUGGAAUGGGCAACCUGUCGGUCAAGCGGAUCACAGGGGCAUGGACAUGGGCCGUGGCCACCGAUGGGAAGACGAUGACUUCGACGAAGGCGGCCGAGGCCGCGGUCGUGGCUGGGGGCGUGGACGCGGGCAUGGACGCGGGCAUGGACGCGGAGGACUACGACGAGACCACUCCGCCAGCUCCAACACCAGCACCUCGAGCUCAUCUUCAUCCUCCGACUCCGAGUCCUCCAUCGGCAGCCUGCCCGACUGGGACGACCUAAAGGACACACAGCUCCCGGUUACGAAGCAGUCCAUCACAUCCUGGCUCUCGCACCCCGAGCAGCCAGUGACGCGGGACAUGGUGAAGAGCGCCAAGGCGGACAUCAAGGCCGCGAAGAAGGCGCCGCGUGCUACGCAACAGCACCAGCCCUCGCGCGAGGAGAUCCGGGAGCUGCUGGCGCAGUUUGAGAACCUGAAGCGGCAGCAGAAGGGCGGGCGGAAGGCGAUGCGCAGGGAGAAGAGGGCGGAAAAGAGGGCCCUCAGACACGGACGCAGGACGCAGAGGCAUGCCGAGAGGCGGGAGCACCGGGCCAACGGGCGGGAGCUUCGCUGCGCUGAACGCGAGGUCGGACGGCAUGCGCGGCAUCAUCAUGGUGGUCGUUCUCAUGAUCCUGCUGGUGGUCCGGCCCCCUUCGUCAACGGACCGGGUUUGUUUGGUGGUGCUGGUCGGCAGCAUGCGGCGCAUUCUCCCGCCCCUGGACUACACCCUCCUCCCGGCAUGCACGCAGCACACUCGUCCGGCCCAGACGCGGUCUUCGGGCCAGGACGCUCCGGCGGCCCGGGUUUCUUUGGAGGACGAGGCGGUCCGUUCGCUCGCGGCGGCCGCGGCGGCUGGGAGCAGCGCGCACACGACGCAGUGGCCCGAGCCAGGGAGACUGCGGACCGCAGCGGCGCCGCGGCGCGGGCUCAUGCUGCUGAGAAUGUGGUACGGAGCCAAGCAGUAGCGGCUGAGGCUGUUGCUCGGAGCCAGGAGCAAUCCCAGCGGGCCACUGCGCGAGGUCAAGCCCAUGCAGACCGGGCCGUUGCUCGAGCCCACGCUCAAUCUGCCCAAGCCGCUGCUCGAGGUCAGGCCCACGGAGCCCAAGCUGCUGCGAGAGGACAAGCACAAGCCGCUCAAGCCGUGGCGCGCGGUCAGGCAGAGGCCGAGCAGGCCGUUGCCCGAAGUCAAGCCCAGGCCGCCCAGGCCGUGGCGCGCAGUCAAGCCCAAGCAGACAGGGCCGUAGCCCACGCCGCAGCGCAGUACGGCAGCCCAUACAUGCCCAGCCUACCCUACCCCACCAAAUACGACACCGCCAACGCCCUCGAGGCGCAAAUAGCCACCAAAGCGCAGUCCCUCUCUGCCCUACAGGCCCAGAUCGCGCGCGAGCAGAUCGCAGCGGCGCAGCGGGGCGAGGGCGAUAGUAAGGCCGCGUCCGGUGAGUUGACGGAGGUACAGGGCGAAGCCGAGGCGCUGGAAAAGGAGAUUGAGAGGCUGGGACGUGAUGUGGAGGGAUUGCGGCUGGAGGCUGAUGAGGAGUUUGCGCGGAGGUUGGAGCGGGAGGGGCGGUGA